AUGUUAAGCGUUGGCAUGGCUGGCGCCAAUGCGUUCAAGGGACUUGUCAAUAAUUCAGGAUGGCAGGUUUGGGAUUCAGGAACUACCCCAUCACGAAGAAAUCCCUCGAUUUCGUCAGCCGCUAGUGGGAAUGAUCUCUCAGUGUCGCAGGGAGAUCAUAAUUUUCGCGGUAACUUUGGGGAAGGGUGGCCAGCAUCGCGGUCAACUAGCGGAGCUUGGGAUGAUGCUAACGGCGGGAGUCCUCAGAAAAAGGAAUUCGCUCAACUGGUUAGUCAUGAGCCGCCGUUGAAUCUACAUCAUCCCAAGCAAAGGCAGUCACAAUCGGCACCAUUUUCGGGUCCAAGAAUUGACGACCGAUCUUCUGGUUCGAAGAAAGGUCAAAUUUCUCCUCAGCGGUACGACGGUACUUUGGGCAAAGAUUCGAAUUCUUCUCGAUAUGCUUCUGCGACAUCGCCGACGAAAGCCUUCGUUGCAAGCAACUAUUCUGCCCAACCAAGUGCCCCCGCAGGGUUUGAUUCUAUGCAGAAGGCUUCAAGCGUAGAUGAUCUUUCAUUAACUCUUCGUAGUAUGGCUGUCGAAGAUGACUUCACUGUGCAGACUCGACAGCUCGGUGGCCCCUCCCAACCUGCUCCUAGCCAGCUGAGAGGCCCAAUAGCUAUGCCUCAAGGCCGUGGACCUUAUCCCUCGUUCCCUCAGCCUGACUACAGCGGCUUCUAUCCUAAUGCGGCCGGUAGAGACUCGUUUGUCGAAUAUCCUUAUGCAUACGGAGCUGCUCCAUCAGAUCCGUCGCUGUAUGCUUCCCCACAUUUGGCGAACACUGCUCCCACGAUUUUUCCUGGGCACCAGGCCUUCAAUGGCAUGGCUGAUAUUCGCCAGCAAUCCGCGAUGUUCUAUGACUACUCUGUGAACCGCCCGCCCGGGUCCCAUUUCUAUUAUCCGGCUCCCCAAGCUAUGAUGUACCCUCCCGCCCAUUCUCCUAUGAUACCCCCGCAAGUUCCCAAUAAUAAUCCGGAAACG